AUGAGUGGUGAUAUCCAAUUUGUUCGUGAAGAGUUGCGCCAAUUAAAAACCUCCCUUGACGAGGACAAGUCAACAUUUGUCACUAAAUUAAAUCAAGUUCGAAACGAUGUUUUUCAACAUAUUGACAAGCAAAUUCAAAGAUUGAGACUAAUCCAAAAAGAGUAUGCUGAAAGUUUUCAGUAUUUCGAAGACGAAAAUCAACGCAGUUUUGAUCGACUAUGUCUAUCGAUUAAUCAAAAUGAAGAAAAAGCGUCUGAUCUGUUAAAUUCAUUCCGAGAAUCUUUUCCUCAUCGACCUCGCAUGUUGAAAAAUAUUCCUGAAUAUGACUUCACCAAUGUUUCCUUAGACAGUUUUAUUAAAGACAAACGAGAAACGAAUCAUCAAAUCAUUCCAAUUGACGAUCAACCUGAGAUUCAACAGACCACCAGUUCCAUCGGUCAAUCAUAUCACAAACAAUUUGCCGAACGAAAUAAUCAAACAAAUUCCCAACCGCAAUCGCGUUUAGUUUCAACAUGUUCCACAUUUUCCGGAGCUGAUGAAAUGAUUAAUAUUCUUUUCCAAAUUUCCCAUAAAUUGGACAAAUCACCUCGAUUAAUUUCUUUCAAUUCCGAUGAAAAUUACUUUUUAAUUUAUUCUUCUAAAAUCCAUAAACUUGUACAUUUAUCAAAUCAAACUCGCGAGUUUUUUGACAUCGCCCUUCCGUUUACCGCAACAAUUCUCAAUAUUGGCUAUUCCAAAUUUCGUCAUUGCUUCUAUUUCACAUCUCGCCAAACAAAUCAUUUCAGUUUAUUUCGAUGGAACGAUCAAAAAAUAGAAAUUAUACAAGAGUUUCCAUUAAUCAACGAAAAAGAACAGUUUAUUAGUGGUCAUAUCUAUGAAAAUCUCAUUUAUUUUGUGUAUUCAUCGUCAUCGGAAGUUAUGUUUGCAAAAUAUGACAUGGAAACAUCAUCUCGUUCUGAACAGAUCAGUUUACAAAAUUAUCUUUAUGAUUUCGAGGACAAGAUCAAAUAUCGUCUCGUGGAUUUCACGGUGAAUGAUUCGUUCAUCAGUUGUUUAGUACAAUUAAAUUCGACGAAUAAAUGGAAAAUCGCUGUUUAUGAUAUCAAGGAUUUCGAAAGAAUCCAUUCAUUCGAAUUGAUCGAUGCAAAAAAUCCUUUGUCUAUUGUUUCCGCCGAGAAAAGAGAGUUGCAAUGCGCCGCAACGACAACGACAAUGCGAAAUGGCAAUGCUGAAUAUUCCUUAUUGUUUGUAAAUGAUCCCAAAUCUCAUUUGAUUCAUUGCUGUAACCAUUUUCAAUAUCAGACGCCAAUUCAAGUUAAUGCAUUUGGAAUUUGUGCUUUAGAUGACGGUAAUUUAGCAUUGAUUGGUAAUAAAGACAUUCGAGGAUUGAAUAUUCAAAAUUAUCUUGAACAAAACAACGUUCAAUUAUUCACCAACGAAGAUUAA